AUGUCCUCCUCAACGCAGGUCCCACAGCCAUCACACCUUGACCCCGCGAGCAUUUAUGGAGCAUUUUUUAUUGGGUCCAUUCUUGCAGCAGUGCUCUUUGGUCUAACCAACAUUCAAGCUUUUAUCUACUUUCGGACGCAUGUUGGCAAAUGGACGACAUUUUAUAGGCUCGUCGUCUCGUUGCUUUGGACACUUGAUGCCGUGCACCUGGCGUUGACCGUCCAUUGCGUCUAUUAUUAUUUGGUGAUUAAUUUCGCGAACUUUGGUGCGCUCACAGAAGUAGUAUGGAGUUUUAGACUUCAGAUAGUAUUUAACGUUCUUAUUGUCUAUGUGAUCCAUCUGCUGUAUUCCCAUCGCAUAUGGAUAGGUAUUUCUUCCCUACCAAUGCAUUUGGGUCUUGACACGACUGAUGCGGCGAAUCUAGUCGGCAGGCACCGGUCAAUAAUUUUCCGUAUAAUACCGGGCAUAGUCAUCGUCCUAGCUUCAGGUGUUGCCAUAACCCUGGUUUGGGCAGUCUAUAACCACAAUCCGGCGAUGGGAUUGUUUUUGGACCGGUGGACCGUAUACAUGGCUUUGGGCGCAGCUUGUUUCGUCGAUAUAGUCCUUACGACUUCGCUAUGGUAUCUCCUCGCUAGCUCCCGCACUGGGUUCUCUCAGACAGAUUGCUUGAUCGCAAGGCUCAUCAGUUACACCAUCGAUAGUGGUUGCUUAACGAGUAUAUGUGCAUUGGCAUCUAUCAUUUUGUGCGCAGUGAUGCCAAACAACUUCAUCUUCCUCAGCGUUCAAUUUUUAGUGGCUAAACUCUACGUCAAUUCGUACAUCGCACUUCUGAACUCGGGGUACUAUACACAAUCUGACACAGACACCAUCAAUUCUUUCGAGCCCCAGAGAAGCUCCUUCGCCACCAGUACUGGGCUGAACGAUCUGUCGCACGAGAAAUUCCAAUCCUUUCAGAGGAGCAUGCUUGUUCAUCCCGAAGUUGAAGUCGUACCUCCCACUCGACCCUUGGGGCUUGUCGUGUCACGCAAGUCGAUUUUAGUGACGGUAGAGAAGGAGUCUUUCAUAGAUAGUGUGGACCUCGUGUACACCAUUCCAAAUACUUACUUGGCAACAAAGAAUUCUACUGGAUUGCGGUACACCGCACGCACCCUCAGGCUGUCUGAAGACAGCGUCUAUGCAAGUCUUGCUCCACCGGUCCGGGUGAUAUUGAACUUACACUACCGAGGAAAACCCGAUUCGAACAACGAGACGUUCUGA